UUUAUUCCGAGACUGCAUUUGAUAAAACCUGUAACAUUUGACAGAGGAUCGCAUUGUUAUCGCCCUCUCCGAGGAUUUUGUCAGCGCAUUGUAUUUGAGGUUAAAACAUCCGAAGGACGAGAUACACCCAUUGGCCUCCCGCCUUUCCCUGGUGGCAGGGAAAUUGUCCGGUCGGCAUUCUUAAGAAGAGGAGUUCCGGAAGACUCCUUAGAUGUCAUGGUCAACUCCGUCACCAACUCAACUCUCAAGCAAUAUAAUUGCAGUCUUAAGCACUGGUGGGACUAUGUGCAUAAAAAUAAUCUAGACAUUCAUGACACAAAUUCUUCAGGAGUUAUUACGUUUUUGACAUUUCAACUUCACAUGAGGGCUAGUUAUAGUACACUGAACACAGCGCGGUCGGCAAUUUCUCUGAUUUCGGUCUCUAACACUAAUAGGGAUGGUUUAAUUACACGUUUUAUGAAAGGUGUUUAUAAACAAAAACCGACCACGCUAAGAUACACUACAACUUGGGACGUCACACCAGUCCUGAAUUAUUUGAAUAAAUUAUAUCCUCUGAAGGGCUUAAAACUGAAAGAUGCCACUGAAAAGAUCUUCUCAAAACGUCAUGUCCAGGAUCUUUUCAGCCUGACUUGAUCUUACCUUUCUUCAGAGAGAAACCAGGAUGAUGUGUGGUAUCGUCUAUUUUAGAGUAUAUGGACAUUACCAAAGAAUGACGAAAUCCAGAAUUAAAAAAGCUCUUCAUUACAACGAAAAAGCCAUUUACAACAGUAUGUGCACAAACUUUGGGUCAUUGGGUCAAAUCUCUUUUGGGUAAAGCAGGAGUUGAUAUUAAAUCAUUCUCUGCUUAUAGCACCAGGCACGCUGCAGUGUCUGCUGCUCAUCAAAGAGGCGUUGACAUUACCGUUAUUCGACGUACUGCUGGAAGGUCCACCGCGUCUGAAAUGUUUUCCAAGUUGUAUAAUAGGCCUAUCCAGCCCCGCAAUGACCAAUUUGCGUGUGCAAUCUUGGGUAAAAAAUAA